CCGCAGGAGACUUCCGGUUACUAGGGCAAUCUACCGGAAGCGUCAGGUUCGGUGUAUGUUUCCGCGUCUUCCGCGGAGCGGGUGUUCAGGGCCGGCAGCCUUGAGCUAGAUGUCGUCCCCGCAGGCCCCAGAAGAUGGGCAGGGCUGUGGCGACCGCGGCGAUCCCCCUAGGGACCUCCGUAGCGUCUUGGUCACGACCGUGCUCAACCUCGAGCCGCUGGACGAGGAUCUCUUCAGAGGAAGGCAUUACUGGGUACCGGCCAAGAGGCUGUUUGGCGGUCAGAUCGUGGGCCAGGCACUGGUGGCUGCAGCCAAGUCUGUGAGUGAAGACGUCCACGUGCACUCCCUGCACUGCUACUUUGUUCGGGCAGGGGACCCAAACGUGCCAGUACUGUACCAAGUGGAGCGGACACGAACAGGGUCGAGCUUCUCGGUGCGCUCUGUGAAGGCCGUGCAACAUGGGAAGCCCAUCUUCAUCUGCCAGGCCUCCUUCCAGCAGGCCCAGCCCAGCCCCAUGCAGCACCAGUUCUCCAUGCCCACUGUGCCACCACCAGAAGAGCUGCUUGACUGUGAGACCCUCAUUGACCAGUAUUUAAGGGACCCUAACCUCCAAAAGAGGUACCCAGUGGCGCUCAACCGAAUUGCUGCUCAGGAGGUCCCCAUUGAGAUCAAGCCAAUAAACCCAUCCCCCCUGAGCCAGCUGCAGAGAAUGGAGCCCAAACAGAUGUUCUGGGUGCGAGCCCGGGGCUAUAUUGGCGAGGGUGACAUGAAGAUGCACUGCUGCGUGGCCGCCUAUAUCUCCGACUAUGCCUUCUUGGGCACUGCAGUGCUGCCUCACCAGUGGCAGCACAAGGUGCACUUCAUGGUCUCAUUGGACCAUUCCAUGUGGUUCCACACCCCCUUCCGAGCUGACCACUGGAUGCUCUAUGAGUGCGAGAGCCCCUGGGCUGGCUUUCGCAUCUUCAUCUUCAAAAUGAGAGGGUGAGGCUGGGACACCUGCUCUGCUCUAAAUUGCUAGAAUGUGCUGGGAAUGUGAUUCACCUUCUCCCAGGGACCCAGUUCUAGUCCCAGAACCAGUUCAGAUUCUUUUUAUUACAAUAGGCAAAUCGUGUCUUCCGUCUGAGCCUGUUUCCUCAUCUAAACAAAGAGGGUUACAUUACAGCAAUGGUAUCCAAACCCGGCAGCCCAUCAGACUGCCAUUUGGGGACGCCUUUUCAAAAUAGAUUCUGAUUCCACCCUCAAGAUUCUGACUCAGUAGGUCUUGGAUAAGGUCCAGGAAACUGUAUGUUUAAGUUCUCUAAGUGACUCUGAUUAACCUGAUUGGGGUUGGAGCAUUCAGUAGUCCCUAAGGGCCUCACGGCUUGGACAUUCCUUGCAGGGGAGAUAGAGAAACAAGACUCAUUCAUCAAUGUCUAGCUUCAGAACCCUGACCUCCUUUCCAAGGGAGUACAUUUCAAAUGAAGAAAGGCUUUGCUCGAUAAACCAAGGGAAAAACUUAAGGACUCGUUAUACUCAGAUAAGGGGUACUCUCACGUACCAAUAGCAUCCCAAUCCAAGAUUGAUAACCUUGAAGUGAGGAUGUGGGUUCAGAUUUGGCCUCAUGAUGGAACCAAAUUCCUGACCCUCUCUGGAUUUCAGUCCUGGUCUGGAAAACUGCACAACACAUAACUGCUUCCUUUGGCUACUGUGAGAACUGAGUGAGCUCUGCUAUGUGUAAGGGAAACCAGCAAUCAUCCUCAUAAACAUCAGACUCAGGCCCAAAGCCAGCAAGGGAGCAAGAAUCUCCAGGUGGGGAGGGAAGAGGCCAGACCUCGUGGCUUUAAUUCCUCUGCUGAGCCCCUUCUUCCCCUUGGUGGUGGUAGUGGGGAUAUUUUUCAGGAAUCACCACUUGGAGGAUCUGGCUUGAUUUAUUAUACAGGGAGCCAAUAGGUUUCCUAACACGAGUGGCCAGAGGGAUAGCAGUUCUGCUUGGCCAAGCAGUUGAAGGAGACUGUUCUGAGAGCUCCUCCCUCCGUGAUCUUUUUGAGGAAGCGAGCAGAGGUGUGAAAGUGCUUUUAAACUAUCAAGUGGGGUUCCUGUGGGAGGAGUUACCCCUCAAUGAUGGUCCAUAAUAAGAUCAAGAAGGGGCAUUUGGAGCAGCCAUGACACUCAGCACACCCUUGUGUGGGGCAGCCCUGCCCUGGGCCAGACCCUUUUCAAGAAGUCCACUUGGAGGUCGGGCGUGGUGCUGUGCUAAGCCUGUAAUCCCAGCUGCUCAGGAGGCUGAGGUGGGAGGAUCCCUUGAACCCAGGAGCUUGAGACCAGCCUGGGCAACAUAGACUCUGUUUCAGAAAAAAAGAAGUGCAUUUGGCUGUUCUGAAGCAGGCCAUCCUCACCUUUCACCUCACCCACAGGUGGCUCUCGGGGGCUGGUCCAUGGGCGGCUGUGGCGUCAGGAUGGAGUCCUAGCUGUGACCUGUGCCCAGGAGGGCGUGAUCCGUGUGAAGCCCCAGGUCUCAGAGAGCAAGCUGUAGCCAGAGGUACCAGCUUGGCCUGGGGCUUCAAGAACCUCCCAUCUAUCCCCAUUCCUGAGACAGCAGUUACAGUCCCUUUUGGCCCUCACAUCCAAUAAAGAGACUGAUACCACUGGA